AUGGCUGGUGGACCGGAGAACCGUUUUCCUUUGAUUGGAGUCUGUCUGAUCUGUCUUAAAGUGGUGACUUCAACAAAAACAGCUCCUGAAAUACCCACCAUCGACCAAGCAUAUUCAAAGCUCAGCAACAGCAUCACCGUGGAAUGGGCUACAGUGCCAGGGGCCACCAGUUACCUCCUCACGGCUGAAAACGGGGGCACGGUCAUUGAGACCAUGGUGGUCCAUUCCCCUGGCACCGUGACAGGCCUGAAGGCUGCGACCUUGUACCAAAUCACCGUCAGGUCCAUCAGCGCUGCUGGGAGAAGCCAGGCAUCCCCUCCAAAGCAGGCAAAGACAGUAUUGGCUGCCCCAGUUCUAGCAAUAAGCUCUCCGAGUCCGGACUCUAUUCUCGUGCAGUGGGAAGCGGUCUACAUGGCCAUUGGAUUCUCGGUGUCCAUCGUGAGAGCCAACGGCUUGGGUCGAAUCUGGAAAGAGAACACUACAAACACCUCCUUGACAUUCAGCAACCUGGAUGCGGGGACGCUCUACACCAUAAAGGCCUGUGCAUGGAAUGCCAACGGGGUCCCUGGGGAUGACUCCACCCGCAAUCAGAGAACCAGUCCUCAUGCUCCUGCCAACAUUCAAGUUGCUUUUGACAGCGGGACUCUGAAGGCGUCUGUUUCGUGGGCACUGACAGAAGGAGCUUCCAACUACACGGUGCUGGCUUUGGGCGACUCUUCAGAGCUGAGCUGCAGUACCCCUUUCAGUUCCUGCACCAUCUCUUCGCUCCGCUGUGGGACAGAGUACUUGAUCUCCGUUGUAGCGAGUAACGAGGCUGGAUCUAGCAAAUCAGCUUCUGCAGUGGACCUGAAAACUGUUGCUUGUGCACCUGAAAGAGUGGCGAUUCAGGAAGAUCCCCCUGGCCACUUGUCUGUGGCUUGGCCCACUGUCGAGCUGGGCGAUUACUACGUGGCCUUUGUGAAGAGUGACGACGGCCUGGAAGUGCACUGCAACACGUCGCUCACCCAGUGCGAUUUCCUGUCGGAGUGCGGCUUCACCUACUUUAUCAGUGUUUUUGCCUAUAACAAAGCAGGCCAGAGUCCUCUGGGUGAUGUGUUUAAUUAUACCACAGCCCCCUGCUGUCCCACUGACGUUAACCCUGUGUUCGUGUCUGGGGACAGAGUAGAGAUUGUCUGGUCCCCUGCUCGUGGGGCUGAACUCUACGAAACUAAGGCCAUGGAUGGGGACAGCGUGGUUGAGUGCAAUGAUACCGCCCCCGCUUGUACCCUUUCGGCUCUGGAGUGUGACACCACGUACAACAUCACAGUGCGCUCCUUCAGCGAAGUCCGGUGCAGCAAUAGGUCAUGUUCUUCCCGAUUUAUAACCACAGGUCCUUGCAGCCCUGAAAUAAAGAGUGUUUCGAAGGAUGCGUUCUCCGUGGUUCACGUGCACUGGCGAUCCACUAAUGACGGCGCCACGUACACGGUGACUGCCCACGGGGAGAAAGGGCUGUAUGAGUGCCGCAGCCCGGGCGAGACCUGCACCCUGGCCGGCCUGCCCUGCGGCUCAGACUUCUCCAUCACGGCUGUGGCGGAAACCCAGGCCGGCCGGAGCCUGCCAAGCUACAGUGUGCCCCUGGAAACGGUGCCCUGUUGUCCAGCAGGCUUGACAGUAACUCAGGUCACCCAAUCGGUCAUCAACGUGAGCUGGACUCUUGGGGCCGGGGCCCAAACCUACGAGGUGGUGCUGGGGUCCCACACUGGACAGUCCAGGUGCCACACCCGUGAAACCCACUGCCUUCUGGGAUGCAUCACCUGUGGCGUCAAUUCCACGGUGGCCGUGAAAGCAGUCAGUGCCACCGGGCUGACAGCAGAUUGCGCCUUCCAACGCUAUUCCUCCAGUGCCUGCUGCCCUUUGGGGGUGAAAUUAUACAGGCUGGGCUCGAAUGGCAUCCGCAUCUACUGGCAAGCCUCCAGGGGCUCUGCCAACUACAGCAGUGACCUCUAUGGCUCCAAGGGCGUCUUCACGUGUGCCCCACGCUCCAGCCUCAGCUUCUGUGAUGUCCCCGAGAUCCCCUGUGGAGACGUCUAUACCGUGAUGGUCUCUCCAGUCGCCGAGACAGGACAGAAGCUUACUUUCUGUCCUAAAAAGAUAUAUUCAGUAACCUGCUCUGGAAGUACACUUGGAAUGGUGAUUUACAGGGGGAAGAGAAAUGCAGAAUGAUGCGGUGAGCCUUGGAUCAAAAGGGAGAACCUAAACAAG